AUGGGCCGGGCUGCAGAAUCCAACCCCCAUUCUAUGAUUUCAGAUUGGCCGUUCAAGGACCGAAGCACAUGGAAUGGACCCCAGCGCUUCGUCGAUUUUAUGAACCUCUACCCUGUCUUUCCGCGCCAGCCACUGCCUAGUCAUUCAAAGACCGAUAAAAUUCCCUAUAUGUCCCAAUGGUCGCUGCAUCGCUUUAUCAUCGUCUUUGCUGCCAUACCCAUGUUGUUCCAUCAAACUUGGAUCAUCUUGACGGGGUGCUGUCUUGGAAAAUGUGCCGCAUUUUUCCUCUACAGCAGCGCAUAUGCGCUCCACAUUGUCCACCACGUUCGUCUGCUGCGCCGUGGAAUGUACCAGUACGGCUGUUUUGACGGAGACAUAGCUGAUCGCGAUGGCGUUCCGAACUCUGCCGUCGGUAAGAUACUGGGUUCUCUAUGCAAGGUAGCAGGUUUCCGCGUUGCCCUAGCCGUGCUUAUCACGUAUAACCCUGACGUCUCGCCUCUCACGGCCAUCAGCGACUUCACAUCAUGGGCGCCAUUCCUGGCUAAAUUAUCUCUUUAUGGCCUUGUUCUCGACUUUUGGUUUUACAUUUACCACCGUGCCUGCCAUGAGGUGCCUUUUCUUUGGAAAUAUCACCGUACACAUCACUUGACUAAACACCCUACCGCGGCUUUUUCGGCGUUCGCGGAUGACGAGCAAGAGCUUUUCGAGACCGUCAUUGUACCACUUCUAGCUCUUGGUACUAUGGGGCUUGUCGGUCUUCCUCUUGGUUUCUAUGAGUGGUGGUUUUGCCUUGAGUAUGUCAUUAUUGCUGAAAUUGCUGGCCAUAGUGGUAUUCGGCUACAUUCUCUUACUCCUUCACCGGUUUUAUGGCUGCUACGGCUUUAUGAUGUUGAGUUGGCAAUUGAGGACCAUGAUUUGCAUCAUCGGAAGGGAUAUCGGAAGAGUUUUAAUUAUGGUAAGCAGACAAGGGUUUGGGAUCGGUUGUUUGGUACUUGUGGGGAGAGGGUAGAAGCAAGGCAAACGAAUAUUGACUAUGAGAGGGUGGUGUGGAUGGAUCUCUUCUAA